CGUCAAGCCGAAAAAAUCUAGACGAAUGUAGCUUAGCAAUGAGCUGAAAAAAGACCGAAAGUUUUUACAUUUUGGGYGCAAAAAACAKGUUUUUCCCAGGCUAUGUAAUUUCUGUUCUUAUMUGACUACAUUUGGCGAUGAUAGCUGUGUGAAAUUCGCUGAAGAAUUCAAUGAAACACGCACAAACAUGAGGGAAGCUCAUUUAUUGAAAUAUCAUGGAAAACCCUGAAAAACUAGAUUUACAAGAUGAUGAAUUAAACUCAGAGUCAAGAGAUGAUGAAAGCGAUCCCACUUUACCUUGGGCUGAUCUGGCGGAACUUCCGAACACUAUGCCUUCAGAUGACGGGGUGACCUCGGGGGAGUUUGUCUUGAGAACUUUAUUCGCAGAAUUCACCAUUUUAGCAGAGCAAAAAAUUGAAUUGGUAUUGGCAGAACCUUUGGAACGGCCAUUGUCCAAGACGCUACAAAGAGGUGAAGAUCCACAGUUUGACCAACUACUCAGUUCUCUGAAUAUUGUUGCUGAAUACAGRCUUUUGUCAUUAUUGAAGACUUUAUUCAAGUGGUAUGAGAAACAGCAAAAUUUCAAGUUUGGAGAUGAGAUUGACAGUCAAAAUAAGUCAAAAAGCAACAACAGACCUCGGAGUGGUGCUGAUUCCCCUAAACUGAUAGUCAAGAGUAACAAAGAAAAAGAUUAUCUUUCUGAAAGGAGAGAUCUUGCAGUUGACUUUCUCUUUUGUUUGGUUUUYAUUGAAAUUCUCAAGCAGCUUAAUGUUCACCCCAUUGAUGAUGAAAACUUACAGUACAUUGAGUCUCUGGCAUUCAGACGCUUUAAGCAAAGAGACAAUGAUUCAUCCAGCCCUUCYGCAACAAACAGUCAAAUUAUUGCAGCCCUUUAUGCUGAAGUCAUUGGUGUCCUUGCAAUGGCUCGCUUCCCUAACAUUCGCAAAAGAUUCACUACAGAGUUCAAAGAACAUCAAACUAAUCCAUCAACUCUGAUCAAUCUUAURUAUGGAAUGAAAUAUCUUAGAAUAAAGUUGUUUCCAGUAGAAGAGCUUGAAGAAGGAUUUCUUUUUCUGAGGGAAUGUGCAGCAUUGUUUAUUGACGCCAAAGAAAAGGAAAUCAAGUUUGCAUUUGCUUCAAUGUUUGUUGAGAUCCUUCUUCCAGUAGCAGCCUAUGCUAAUAGAGAAGUUAAUGUCCCUGCAUUGAAAAACUUUGUAGAUAUGAUGUUUCACCAUGCUCUUGACUUAACAAAAGUGAAAAGGAAUAUUCAGUCAACCUAUCCACUGGUAACAGUACUGCUGUGUGUAAGUCAAAAGGCAUUCUUCCUUAGUAACUGGUUCAAUUUUCUGUCYCAAUGUUUGACKAGCGUAAGGCAAAAAGAUGUKAAGAUACAAAGGAUAGCACUUGAGUGUCUCUACAGACUUAUCUGGGUUUAUGUUGUAAGAAUAAAAUGUGAAAACAACUCAACAACUGUGAGCCGUCUAAGAAGCAUCACAGAGACAUUGUUUCCCAGAGGUGCCAAGACAGUGGUUCCUUCACCUAAAGACGUUCCACUAAACAUCUUUGUUAAYAUCAUACAGUUUAUUGCUCAGGAAAAACUUGACUUUGCCAUGAAUGAUAUAAUCUUUGAUCUUCUGGGUGUUGGUAGGACWCGUCAAGUAAUAAGCCCAGAGAGAAUGAACAUUGGUUUAAGAGCAUUUUUUGUUAUUGCCGAUAAUCUUCAAAGAAAGGGUGGUGAAGCRCCUCCUAUGCCUAGUACAAUCAGUACCCUCCCCUCCGGUAACACCAUAAGGGUAAAGAAGAUCACACUACCAAAGACGCUGACAGAAAAAGCUGCUAACAUUAUUGGACUUGCUAACUAUUAUCACAGUGUUAGAAAAUCAGUUGACAACAUUCUCAGGAAUCUGGAUGCUCAAGUUGGUAAACCAAUGAUUAUGACAAACCCACACUGCUCUCAUAAAGAAGAUGACAUGAUCACCGGAGAGAGAAAGCCUAAAAUUGACCUGUUUAGAACUUGUAUUGCUGUCAUUCCAAGAUGUAUCCCAGAAGGRAUGACUAAGUCAGAGCUGGUAGACUUUCUCUCCAAACUCACAAUGCAUAUGGAUGAAGAACUUAGAGGGCUGGCCUUCUCUGCUCUUCAAACRUUAACAAUGGACUUUGCUGACUGGAGAGAAGUAGURAUUCUUGAACAUGACCUUCAUAUAUUUGAAUGGUUGUCGUGUUUAUUGUUUYCUGCAGGUUUUGUCAACUUCAUACUAAAAGACGUACAGGAUAAUUUCUUAAUCAAAGAUGCACAYGAUAACCUUAUCCCACUGCUGGACAGUGGCUUAAGYAUGCUAUUACAACUCCUGGCAGUUUGGAAGCAAGCUCUCAUUACUUCAGAUCCUAGUAGUAAGAAUGGUGAUGGAGAUACCAUUGAGUUGUCAUCUCAUAAUCUACCAAGUGACAAAGAYCUGGACAGCAUUGGUGUUUUACACAAUGUCGAAGGUUGUGCUCUUGUUAUGCUGUGUAAUUCAAGGCCUUCUAUUCGRAGACUUGGAGUCAUGGUAUUGAAGGAAGUCAGAACUCUCUUUCCUUUGAUUGAUCCUGACAAUGAGGAAAGAAAAGAAAAAGCUGUGAUGGAUGUCAUUGAGCAGGUAUUUUCAACAGUGUUAGACAAAACACUUACUGCAGUUCCUCAAAGUGAAAAGCUUUUCUCUGGACAACUUGGCAAUAUUGAUAUACUUGUGAUGAAUGAUCGUCUUGGUACCUUUGCUGAUCAAGAGAGCAGUGAACAAAUGUUGAUGCUGUGUAAUGAUUUGUGGCUGAACGUUCUUGCUGGAUUACUAGACAAGAACUAUUUACCUGAGUCAUGCCAGUCUGCUUUACAGUUUAGUUGGCCUGCAGUGUUUAAUAGAUUGUUGAAUGUCUAUGCUGUCAUUGACCCAGGUGCUUCAGGUAUGGAUUCUAUAACAAGUUUAUCAUCCAUGUAUAACCGUGGACCUAAGAAGACUUCUAACAUGGGWGAUAUCCGAUUAUGGCGCAAUUACUUGGUGUUUGCAUGCUGUACCCACCCUAAAACACCACCAUCAAGAAGUGAAUCACCUGACCAAGACGGGGGAACUUCUUCUGAAGGAUCAGACAAGGUGGACUCCAGACCACCAUCACCCCACAUGGUAGACAGCUUGUUUAGGUUUGCUGUUCCUCUUCUAAAGAGUGAUUGUCAUAAAAUAAGAGAAGCCAUCAUUUCUGGCCUGGGCAGAACAAGUCCAUCUUCAUACAGGGACUUUAUUGAAGAAAUUCACUUUUUAGUUAGAGAAGCUUUAGAUAGAAGAGCUGAGUCUGUGCGCAAGAGAAGGAAYAGAGACUCCUUACGAUCAUAUCUGACAAAGGUGUUUGAACUGAAUGCUCAGUACGGCUGCUUUGCUGACAGUGACAGUGAACUUGUGAAAGAAGAUGGGCUGAUAUCAUUCUUCAAGGACUAUAUUGAUGGAAUCAGGCUAUAUCUUGAGAGUGAACCUGARAAGGACUGGCCAGCAAUCAUGCAUCUAAGACUAUACUUCUGUAACUUUGUUUACAAGUUGAUCACUUCUGUUCCAAAGUCACAUAAAGUGUGCCUGCUUCCAAGGGAUCUUCGAUGUAAUUUGUUUUUCCUGUUCAGUAGCUGGUGUGCUCAUUUUGGUGUCAAGAUACCUGGAGUAGACAGAGCCCUGCUUAUACCUAGUGCUCAAAGUAAUGAUUUAGAACUUGCCACCUUGCAUGCAAUGUGUGGUAUUCUUCAGUGUGGGCCAAUGUUUGACUCUGAUGGUCUUUCUAGUAGUGGCUAUUUGUACAGCUGGCUAAAACUGGUUUUGAACUCACCUAAAGAAAAGAUUCAUCUUCUUGGCCGUAAUACCCUCACACUCUUAUUGGAAAAUAACAGCAGUACUCCCACGUUAUUACAUUGGGUUAUUGACAAGUGRUAUACUGGGACUAAACUAAUGGCGAGUGGCUGCUUUAGAGCUUUGUGUAGUGUCUUGACAAAGAGGACUGACUAUCCAUGUGAGAUGAUUCCUCUGUUGAAUGUUGUACUAUUCAAAACAGCUGAUACAUCCAUUGAUUUACGUGAAAAAGCAGCUCAACUUCUGCAAAUACUAGAGAGGCGUUUCUUCAAGUACACGCCUCCUUCCAUUUCUUGCUCYGCUCACUGCAGCUACUCACAGUCGCAGAGUGAGCUCUCUACAGCCCUAGCCAAGGCUCAUCCAGAGAUAACUGUCUACAUGUUUGAAGAAAUGACAUCAAGAUUUCAGAGUACUGCACCAGCUGGUCAGAGGUGUAUCUUACAGUAUAUGCUGCCUUGGUUGGCCAAUAUUGAGCUGGUUGAUUUGGCAAACCCACUAUCAUUGCCUAAUAUUGAGGUAGAACUUGACGAUGAAAAGGAAGACCAAUCAGAGGUCUUGUUGCCGAUAGAUCUGAAUGGAGAAGGUUGGGGAUCAGUAGAGGCUACUCGACUUGUAUUGAACAAUUUAUUCUARAUCACAGUUAAGUAUGAUGAUCACUUCAGUAAAGAGAUCGAGGCAGCUUGGGCRAGRCUGGUGUGUAGUCAAUGGGUCAACAACGUCCAUGAAAUCCUCAGUUACUUYAUCACACUUGCRGGAGUCGUUGGACAAUCAGAAGUGCUAGUCCAUGCAAAGAAACUUGCAGUUUAUAUAGCCAGGGCACAAACCGACCAAACUGUUGAUGAAUUAAUGGAGGAACUUAAGCUAACAGAAACAGUAGCCUCUCAGUUCGAACGUAGUGACGAACCGCCAUAUUUUAAAGUUGUCAGUAAAACGUCAUGUAGUAGAGACUCUGUGUGUGAACAGACYGACACGAAAAAGACUACACAGUCUCUUAAUAAGAAUGCUAAACUACUGGAAGAAUCUACCAAGAAAGAGACAAAAGAAGAGAAAAAAUCUGACAGUCUUCCAAGAAACCCGAGUUUAGAGAAAGGGUCAAGUACAGACCAGCCUGACAUGGCCCCUCUUGCUGAACCAGAGGAUGUAGAYGAUGACAGCAAGGUGGAGUCAUUCCAGGAUGCUUACUGGCCACAGGAAUGGGUGUUWAGAGUGUACAAGGCUGGUGUUGCUGUUCCUUUACCAGUACCUGACAGACAGAAAUACUACGCUCCUCUUGAUGAUGUCCUACCAUUCGCUUCUACGGCAGCCUCGCUGUACAGAUGUAAUUUUGCUUUGAUGGUUCUUACUGAGCUGGUUCUCGAUCAACCACAAGUGGACUGGGGACGACAUGUUCCUCUAAUGUUACAUCUCAUUUUCUUAGGUCUUGACCACGGCAAGACYUUGGUAUAUGAGCACUGUAAACGAUUACUAGUGAAUCUCGUUAUCAUCGUUGUCUGUCAUGGUAAUUACAUACACAUUGCUCAACCAUUGGCUGAUUUUAUGGCUGGAUCAGAGCAAAGCCUUGGRAAACAUGGUCAACUACAGAAGUCUGUGUGGACUUUAGACAUAGGGAGUAUGGUGCGUAUUCCUGACACCAAUGAAACUAGUGCUGGCACUGGUCACAUUACCAAGACAAAAACUAACCAUGUUACCGAUGACAAUGGCCAUGCAAACGAGUCUGAAAAGUUUACUGCAGGCGGUGAACUCACAGAUGAUGAUGAUAACGAGACAGCCAAAUAUGAAAGUGUCAAAAGCCUUAUUGAGUUCCUCUCUAACAGUAUCAGCAAACCUCUAUGGUCAUUUGAGGACAUAACUCCCCGUAACUACAAGAUCAAAAGUGCUGAACAAAUGGAYAUAUUCCUGGCUUUAGUCAUUCACAUKUUUAGRACCACYGACAUCGGUUCAUCCGUGCAGAGAGAUUGGGCWAAAGUUGCACUACAAUGGGCUACGACAUGCUCAUCAAGGCAUUAUGCAGGUCGAUCAUUUCAAGUGUUCAGAGCWCUUAAAGUUCCUCUAUCUUGGCCAAUGCUGAGUGAUGUACUGUCRAGACUGGUUGAGUCUGUAGGUGAUACCAGCGAAGAUGUACAGGGUUACGUCAUGGAAAUUCUGUUAACAUUAGAAGCUUGUACAGACUGGACAAUGUACGAUUCAGUUGGUGAUGGUCCCGCGGGACGGGAUAGGACUGUUAUACCCUAUGGUCGAGACCAAGACGACAAAGAAAUGGACCAGUACGAUGAAUUAGCUAAUGUCCUAUCCCCCCUAGGGACGCCUGGUAGAACCCCCCUUAGUUCUCGAAGUGGUCUUUUGAAUGAUAACCUGUCAAUAAGACACAUCAGGUCCCUUAGUAGUGGCUGUGAUAUAKGAAGUGCUUUGGGUUUCUAUACGUACAUGGGUAGAAUAAACCAUCAYAACAYCGACAUGUUACGCGCUAGAAGUGCAAGUGUUCAAUGUCUUCGCAUGACCAAUGAAGUCAGCCAACAGACUCAGACUGAUAUGAUAACACGUGUAUUUUGGAUUGCUGUCUCGUUAUUCGAGUCUGAUUACGACCACGAGUAUCUAAUGGCAGUAGAACUACUCAAUCAGGUGAUGACAUUCCUAAACCUUGGAAGACACGAAUCUAGAGAUCGACUGGAAAAGGUUCUCAAUCGUUUAAAUUGGACUGAGUUCCCAGGUUUACAAGCUUUGGUCCUCAAGGGUCUUACCAGCGCUGGAACGAGUGACGUCUCUCUACGUCUCCUGGCGAGGCUUACAGAAUUCACUGAUGUAGCAAUCGUAGAUCCUUCACAAGUAUCAGGCUUUGGGUUGAAUAUCCUGGCACUUUUGUCUUACAUGGCGGAACACUUCGAUGAACCUGAUGAAUUCAGUAAAACAUGUGCUGAUAAUAUCGUCCAGGUGUGUUGUCGUACAGUUAGUCUUAGUAACUUGGGUAAAAUGUUCAAAAUGUACGCUGAUAAAUCAUAUCAUCGACCAAGAAUCACCUGGAUUGAUGUUGUUUGUAAAUACAUCCAUGAUUCGUACAGUCGGUACAGCAAGUCUUAUGUCACAUUCCUUUUAGAGGUCUUGGAGUACGGCCCGCAGUCCUAUCAAGAAUCUGUGCUAGCUAUCCUGUGUGCUCUAAUCAAACAAAUCGACUUCUCAUCUGUUGCUAUGAGACAAUUUCAUAAUAAUGUGCUUAAAGUUAUUUCUAGGUAUCUGAAGGGGAAUUACUGGAAAGAGUCCCUCGAGAUUCUCAAAAUAGCCGUCUCGAACUCCUCUAAUCUGGACACCCCGCCUCCACGACCAAAAAGUACUAUAUGGUCGAGUUAUGACAGUAGUUGGGCUAUCGACGCACUUCCUGUCAAGAAAGAACUACCAGGUCGAACACUAGAGUUCACGUACGAUCUGUCAUCUGUUCCUGUGAUAGGWACUAAAAGUACAAUAGAAAACAACGCUGAACAGGCCAAGAUAACACCUGAUAUUCCUUCUCCUAGAAAACCCAACACAUCUCAGCGACGAACACGCGAACGUCUCGUCCACGUCCUACAAACAUGUGGUCACACGGUUGGCUUGAAGCAAAGUCCAUCUGUUGUUUUUAGCUCAUCGAGUGACUUGGCUGUUGAAAAACCAACUGAUCACCAGUCAUCUAAUGAAGACGUUAACAAUGAAUCUCGUAAAGAGGAUCAGAUUAUGGGUGUCUUGACCAACUUUGACUUUCUGGAUGAUGUAUCUAUUGACAGCAAUGAUGAGAGUGGUUUUGUUAUGUGGCCAGUAGAGAACCUUGAAGCACAGUCCAUUGAUAAAGGGAUGCUACAAACCAAUUCUUUCUCUGGWAGUGAUCUUGACCUAACCACACCUCAUGAAUCAUCAGAUGAAGACGACGAGCUGAAUCGCUCCAUGAAUGAAGGYUCRGUGAGUACAACGUGCGCAGCCGUCGAAUCAGAAUCUGCUGCCGAGUCAGCUGCUGAGUCUGUGGGUGAAUUAGAGUCGUCAGUAGACCAGGAGGUUAUCAUAGAAAUAUCAAAUGAAGGUCCUGAAAGCACAAGCACUGAGUCAGCUGUGGGGACAUCGCCCUCAGGUCGAGGAGAGUAUCAUUURUACGCUGUGACUGAAGCUCCAAACGCCUCUGAUGACGUGGAGUUGCUAUGGAMRGACCAUAUUUCAGCUYUCGUCAAAGAUACAACAGGUGUAACCUCUGUUAACACYUACGCAUUGUUUUGGUCUUUGUACAAAYSAACUCGACGGAAGUUCUAUUCUUUGACAAGGGAAUGCUGCAACUACUUGGAUGAGAAGUUUCGAGACGUUUCGCAACACUUCUGCAACACAUUGGAGUUUCUCGUCGCUCGUGGCGACUGCCCUUAUGUGUGUUUYGACACAGAGACACUGAAAAAGAGUCGUUUAUUUGACAAGCAAAAGUUUAUGAUACUGGAAUUGCAUGAUCAUUACCUGAACUAUGUCACCAAUAGCAACAAGACAACUGAAUACCUGGACUUCGUUAAGUUAGCCAUCAAACGAUCUUCUGUUGGAUCACAUAACGAAGAACCUGAUGUAUAUACACUUGUUGAUAAAGUAGCUCUUGAUCAACGACAAUUGGAUCUUUGCCGGUCGUUAUACCAGAUGCAUUUCCAGUUCUUGUUGUUGUGUAGUACCUAUUGUCGACUAUUGGAAGCACUGGUCAAGGGAGCUCAAGCAGCCAAGGUUAAUGAUUACACUCAGAAAGCCAGUUCAAUCAGAGCUGAAAUAGUCUCAGUAUUGGAGCACCUACCCCAAACAACUGACGAACCUAGCACUCUAACCAAUGAACACCUUACACAGGACGCAGCAAUACAGCACCUGACGGAUAGACUUGUCAACAAAGACGUCGAACAAGCAGUCUACCUAUUGAGAACGUUUCGAGAUAAAUUCGACGGUGAAAGAUUCGGGAAAUCAGACGAUGACAAUCUUGACGUUCUGUUGACAUUGUUCUGUAGACAAACGGCUGAGAAAGAUAUUGGCAGCCUCGUUAUGUCCAGCCAACCUGCGCAGUUCUCCUGUCUAUGUAACGAAUUAAUGGAUGUGAAUUUAUCUGCUUUAGCAGCUUUAGAUGAGCUUGUUUUUCCUUACAUGUUUAUAUGGCAUUGUAAAGGGAAUUACUGGAAAGAGUCCCUCGAGAUUCUCAAAAUAGCCGUCUCGAACUCCUCUAAUCUGGACACCCCGCCUCCACGACCAAAAAGUACUAUAUGGUCGAGUUAUGACAGUAGUUGGGCUAUCGACGCACUUCCUGUCAAGAAAGAACUACCAGGUCGAACACUAGAGUUCACGUACGAUCUGUCAUCUGUUCCUGUGAUAGGWACUAAAAGUACAAUAGAAAACAACGCUGAACAGGCCAAGAUAACACCUGAUAUUCCUUCUCCUAGAAAACCCAACACAUCUCAGCGACGAACACGCGAACGUCUCGUCCACGUCCUACAAACAUGUGGUCACACGGUUGGCUUGAAGCAAAGUCCAUCUGUUGUUUUUAGCUCAUCGAGUGACUUGGCUGUUGAAAAACCUACUGAUCACCAGUCAUCUAAUGAAGACGUUAACAAUGAAUCUCGUAAAGAGGAUCAGAUUAUGGGUGUCUUGACCAACUUUGACUUUCUGGAUGAUGUAUCUAUUGACAGCAAUGAUGAGAGUGGUUUUGUUAUGUGGCCAGUAGAGAACCUUGAAGCACAGUCCAUUGAUAAAGGGAUGCUACAAACCAAUUCUUUCUCUGGAAGUGAUCUUGACCUAACCACACCUCAUGAAUCAUCAGAUGAAGACGACGAGCUGAAUCGCUCCAUGAAUGAAGGYUCRGUGAGUACAACGUGCGCAGCCGUCGAAUCAGAAUCUGCUGCCGAGUCAGCUGCUGAGUCUGUGGGUGAAUUAGAGUCGUCAGUAGACCAGGAGGUUAUCAUAGAAAUAUCAAAUGAAGGUCCUGAAAGCACAAGCACUGAGUCAGCUGUGGGGACAUCGCCCUCAGGUCGAGGAGAGUAUCAUUURUACGCUGUGACUGAAGCUCCAAACGCCUCUGAUGACGUGGAGUUGCUAUGGAMRGACCAUAUUUCAGCUYUCGUCAAAGAUACAACAGGUGUAACCUCUGUUAACACYUACGCAUUGUUUUGGUCUUUGUACAAAYSAACUCGACGGAAGUUCUAUUCUUUGACAAGGGAAUGCUGCAACUACUUGGAUGAGAAGUUUCGAGACGUUUCGCAACACUUCUGCAACACAUUGGAGUUUCUCGUCGCUCGUGGCGACUGCCCUUAUGUGUGUUUYGACACAGAGACACUGAAAAAGAGUCGUUUAUUUGACAAGCAAAAGUUUAUGAUACUGGAAUUGCAUGAUCAUUACCUGAACUAUGUCACCAAUAGCAACAAGACAACUGAAUACCUGGACUUCGUUAAGUUAGCCAUCAAACGAUCUUCUGUUGGAUCACAUAACGAAGAACCUGAUGUAUAUACACUUGUUGAUAAAGUAGCUCUUGAUCAACGACAAUUGGAUCUUUGCCGGUCGUUAUACCAGAUGCAUUUCCAGUUCUUGUUGUUGUGUAGUACCUAUUGUCGACUAUUGGAAGCACUGGUCAAGGGAGCUCAAGCAGCCAAGGUUAAUGAUUACACUCAGAAAGCCAGUUCAAUCAGAGCUGAAAUAGUCUCAGUAUUGGAGCACCUACCCCAAACAACUGACGAACCUAGCACUCUAACCAAUGAACACCUUACACAGGACGCAGCAAUACAGCACCUGACGGAUAGACUUGUCAACAAAGACGUCGAACAAGCAGUCUACCUAUUGAGAACGUUUCGAGAUAAAUUCGACGGUGAAAGAUUCGGGAAAUCAGACGAUGACAAUCUUGACGUUCUGUUGACAUUGUUCUGUAGACAAACGGCUGAGAAAGAUAUUGGCAGCCUCGUUAUGUCCAGCCAACCUGCGCAGUUCUCCUGUCUAUGUAACGAAUUAAUGGAUGUGAAUUUAUCUGCUUUAGCAGCUUUAGAUGAGCUUGUUUUUCCUUAGUUGUAAUUGUUAUUUGCUGUUAGUGUCCCUGUGGCAUAAUUCAUGGGAGGGUAAAUUGUAAAUCUUCAUCGAGUGGACGAAUAGUUAUCUGUAGUAAAUAUACUUUAAUAAAGGCUUAUAGGAUAAGCCUAAUCAGAUAUAUAAUUUUGCGACUUUGCAAGAAAAAUGUAAUAGUAUUCAGUAAAUUUCCAUUAUUUAUCAUUCAGAGUAUUUGUACGAUUUUCUCAAUAUUGCUGAUAACUUUAUGUGUCAUGCAGCAUGUUUAUAUGGCAUUGUAAAGUAUCCAUAGACUUUGCUAAAUUUAUUACUGACAAAAUUGAAUGCAUGAUAAAUAAAAUACAUUAAAUGCA